AUGAAGACGACAAGUGCAUAUCCAAUGAAAUUACCACAUAUACCUGCAACAAAACGUGGCCGUCAAACUAAUCAAUUACAAUAUAUGACAAAAGUCCUGAUAAAAGUAUUACUCAAACAUGAAUUUUCCUGGCCAUUUCAAAAACCUGUUAAUCCAGUUAGACUUAAUCUACCAAAUUAUUCUAACAUUGUUCGAUAUCCAAUGGAUCUCAGUACAAUUAAAAAACGACUUGAAACCAAUUAUUAUUAUAGUUCCAAAGAAUGUAUUACUGAUUUAAAUUUAAUGUUUACUAAUUGUUACUUGUAUAAUAAACCUGGCGAAGAUGUUGUAGUUAUGGGAACAGCACUUGAAAAAUUUCUCUAUGAAAAAUUAGCUGAAAUGCCACCAGAUGAAACUGAAAUCGUACCUCAUGCAUCGAAAUCAUCUACAUCAAAACCAGGUGGCGAUGGAAAUGUUUCAGUUUCUGCAACUUCACCAUCAACUCCAAGUGAACAUAUUAAUUCACCAUUACCAUCUCCAUCGACACGCUCUGUAAAUAGUACUCAUCCUAAUGGUACUAAUAUGUUGUCUCGUAAUCGUACAUCAUCAACAACAAAUCCUAGUGCUGUAACAUCUCCAUUUUCUCCAUUAAAUAAUAAUUCAAAUCAUAUUGAUCAAAAUAGUCAAUCAAUGUCUCCCAAAUUAUUACCCGACCAACCAUCAAUACCUAGUUCAACAUCACUUACAAAUUUUGAUUCAACGGUAUCUAAUUUCAAACGUAAAAAUGAAUUAGAAGAUGAUUCAACAACAAAACGAACGAGUGGUGCUGUUGGUACAUUAAAACGUGUUAAAUAUGAUAAUAGUUUUUCAAAUGAUUCAUCAGCUAAACGAUCAAAAAAUCGUAUGACGGAACAGUUAAAAUUUUGUUUAAAUAUCGUCAAAGAUUUAUUACAUAAAAAAAAUAUGACAUUUGUUUGGCCAUUUGCUAAACCUGUUGAUGUUAAAAAUCUUAAUCUAUCUGAUUAUUAUCAAAUUAUUAAAAAACCAAUGGAUCUUGGUACCGUCAAGAGAAAACUUGAAACGCGUGAAUAUGCAUCACCUGAUGAAUUUGCAACGGAUGUUCGACUGAUAUUUAGUAAUUGUUAUCUUUAUAAUGGACCACAUACAGAUGUUGUUGCUAUGUGUAAAAAAGUUGAACAAUUAUUUGAAGAUAAAUUUGCGAAAUUACCUGAUGAACCAGCAAUAACACAUAUAGAUAUUGAUCCAUUACCAACAACAUCAUCAUCAAAUGCACGUAAUAAUGGUUUAAUGUCAUCAACAUCAUCGACAACACGAAAACGUAAACGUCAUUCAUCGAAACAUAAUAGUAGUGCUGGUGGACAUACAUCAUCCAUGAUAACAAGUUCAGAUGAUGGCGCAUCAAGUGAUGAUAGCGCUGAAGAAACUGAAAAUACUCGAGAAAAUACUCUACGACAAUUAUAUGCUCUUCAAGAACAAGUGAAAACUAUUGGUAAUACAUUAACAUAUUUAAUUCAACAGACAAAUGAUCGUAUUACAUUACGUUCUAAACGUAAAGGAGGGAAACGAAAUAAAACGAAAGGAAUUGGUUUGGAUACAUUACCUUUUAAUAGUACAUCAAAUGAGUUAAAUCGUUUAUCGAUGUUAUCACCGACACAUUCAUCUAUGAUAUCACCAAAUAUAUUUUCAGCUGUUCAAGGACCAUCACAUAAUCCUAUGCCACCAACAGCUACACGUAAUCCUUCAACUGUAGCAAUGGCAACAAAAAAAACGGCACCUUCUCUUGCAACUUUACUUACAUCAAGUGCAACACCUACAUCUAAUGGUACUGGUCAAUUUAAUAUGUCUUCUAAUGAUGCAUAUAUUUUUGGAGAUAUAAGUCCUACGAAACCAACAAAACCAAAAACUACUGCACCUAAAAAUAAUAUUAAUAAAGGUGUUGAAGCAGCUCGUCGAGGACCAGCAGCUGGCGGUACAGGUGUUAAACGAACACCAAAGAAAGCUGCAGCAGCACCUGCUGCAUCUGGAUUUGAUUUUCAAAGUGAAGAAAAUUCUAAACCAAUGACAUAUGAUGAAAAACGACAAUUAAGUGUUGAUAUUAAUAAUUUACCAAGUGAAAAACUUGGCCCUGUUGUUGAGAUUAUUUAUAAACGCGAACCAUCAUUACGUGAUUCAAGUCGAGAUGAAAUGGAAAUCGAUUUCGAAAUACUUAAACCUUCAACAUUAAGGGAAUUAGAAUCGUAUAUUAAUCAUGUCAUGAAAAGAAAACCAAAUAAACAACUUAAUACAUCUGGUAAAUGA